AUGUUCCCAUUGGGACGUUUGCCCGUCUUACCUAGGUAUAUAAUCCUUCAGCAUGUCGUCGGUUCUUGCCGUUCCUUGAGCUCGAAUUCCAUCUUCCCAAGCCAAGAUAAGAAGGCUUACUCUCACACUUUGCUCCUUCCCAAGACCUCGAUGCCCCUCAAGGUCAAGGACCCCGUACAGCACGAGCGUCGUUACAGGCAGCGAACAUCCCAAGAUCUUUACCGAAAGCAGAGGUCUCGCAAGACCGCCAAGGAAUUUGUGCUGCACGAUGGGCCUCCUUAUGCCAACGGCAACUUGCAUAUGGGCCAUGCCCUCAAUAAGGUGUUAAAAGACAUGGUGAACCGCUGGAAGGUCAUGAGAGGAUACCGAGUACACUACGUACCAGGAUGGGAUUGUCAUGGUCUGCCUAUAGAGAUGAAGGCCCUGGAGCGUAUCGGAAGACAAGCAGCCAAUCCAGAUCUGGGGCCGAAUAGAAUACGAAGCGAAGCAAGAAAGACCGCCUUGAAGGCGAUCGAGAUCCAGAAGAGGGAGCAACAGGAACUGGGGGUGAUGGCGGAUUGGGACAGUCCAGAUGGAGUGUAUCGGACCCUUGAUCACGACUUCGAAGUACGACAACUGAGAUUGUUCCAGAGGAUGGUGUCGAAAGGUUAUAUCGCUCACCGACUCCGCCCCACAUAUUAUUCCCCAUCGACCCGAACAGCAUUAGCCGAGGCUGAACUCAAAUAUAAAGACGGCCACAAAUCUCGUUCAGUCUACGUAGCCUUUCCAGUGGAGAAAAGCGACAUGUCCCCCGCUCUCACUAAAGCAUACGAGGAUGCUCAGAAACAAAAAGGUCCUGUCUCUCUAUCCCUGGCGAUUUGGACCACUACUGCUUGGAGUCUGCCUGGCAAUAUGGGUGUAGCCGUGAAUCAAGACAUGGAAUAUUCAAUUGUCAGGUCCGACACAGCUGGCUUACUAGUCGUGGCGACCGAACGACUUCUAGCACUCCAAAACAUACUCGGACCGCUCGAGAGCCUUCACAGUCUUUCAGGAGCCGAUCUCGUCGGCACCCGAUAUACCCAUCUGUUUCAUUCAAAGACAUCGUCCCUCCCUCGGCCGACCGUCUUUGCUUCCAAUCAUGUUCUUCCCACGUCGGGUACCGGCUUGGUUCACUCUGCACCCGCGCAUGGGUACGAAGACUACCAAGGUAUGACAGUGGCUGGGGUACUCCCUAAAGAGCUGCGAUGUCCGAUCGAUGAUGACGGACGCUUCACCGCCGCAGUCACCCGCGAGACUGACAAGGAUGACGUCGCGAGACUGAUCGGACAGGAGGUGCUCGGAGCUGGAAUAGGCACUAUGAUAGACUUACUGCGUAGCGAAGGGAGCCUGCUUGCUGAAGAGGUGAUCGAGCAUCGGUACCCAUAUGAUUGGAAGACCAAUCAGCCUAUCAUCGUCCGUGCGACGCCACAGUGGUUUGCAGAUGUGGAAUCGAUCAAGGACGAGGCAGUCAAAGCGUUGGAAGAGGUACACUUCGUGCCACCACAAUCGCGCAAUCGUUUGGAAGCCUUCAUCGUCUCUCGCUCGGAAUGGUGCAUCUCUCGUCAGAGGAGCUGGGGUGUUCCUAUCCCAGCUCUGUAUACCGAGACAGGGGAGCCGAUCAUCGACGAGGACACGAUGACACAUAUUAUCAGUGUCCUACAAGAGAAGGGCACCGAUCACUGGUGGACCGGGCCCGCGGAAGACUUCAUACCUCCCGGCCUGAAAGGUCAGCGGGUCUACAAGGGAACCGACACACUAGACGUAUGGUUCGACAGCGGGUCCUCGUGGAGCAUGCUUCAAGGACUCAAGUCUGAAGAAGACAGUACACCACUGGCGGAUGUCUAUCUAGAAGGGUCAGACCAGCAUCGGGGCUGGUUCCAAUCAUCAAUUCUCACGAAAAUCAGCGCGGACGAUCUGAACAACCCACGACCACCUUAUGGCACUUUGAUCACCCACGGCUUCGUUCUCGAUGAAGAAGGACAGAAGAUGAGUAAAUCAGAAGGAAACGGAAUCUCACCUAUGGAGGUGAUCCAUGGGUCAAAGGACAUUACGCUCAUGAAGCAGAGCCUUCCAGCGUCUGGGACAGAUGCUCUCCGAAUCUGGGCCGCGUCCGUUGAGUAUACCAGAGAUGUCUCCAUAGGACCUUCCUCCAUCGCCCAAGCGUCUGAGACCCUCCGAAAGCUUCGAAGCGCUUUGAGGUUCCUUCUUGCCAACACUGCUCCAGGUGACGCCAAAUCUCUCGACCAAGUCGAAUUAAGUCCCCUUGACUCCUAUGUUAUCAAGGAACUGGACAAGGUCCGGCAAACCGUCAUCGACGCAUACGACUCAUACGCCUUCAACAAAGUGCUCCAAACCCUGACUACGUUCACCGCAUCCACACUUUCCUCUCUCUACUUCGAUACCAUCAAAGAUUCACUGUACUGCAAUGCUGCUGCGGAUCCAACACGGCAAGCGGUCAUAGCCACGUUGGAUCAUGUCCUCCGGCAGUUGUUGAAAAUGAUCGCCCCUAUUGUGCCGCAUUUAGCCGAGGAAGUAUUCGAGCAUCGCGAAAAGUCGUUAGGUUUGUCCGUCUUCGAUGACCCAUGGCUUUCCGAAGUGAGUAAAUAUACUUACUGA